AUGGGGCCGUCGCCUCUGCACCUGCUGGCGAUGAUGAUGGUGACGAUGAUGAUGGUGACGCCCCUGGCGACGCCCCUGGCGCCGGUCCCGCGGGCGCCGCUCACGGCCCCGGGCUCUGCCCGCACAGCGUGCGGGUCCCACCGCGACGGCCGGACGGCCGGGCCAGGGUCGGAGCCGUCGUGGAUAUGGGCCUACGUUCCCAUGCGGAGCUGCCACCGCGUCCUGCGGGACAAGCGCGGGCGGUUUUCUCCCCCAGCGUACCGCAGCAGCUCCCCGCUGAGCUUCUGGUGCAACUGGACCAUCUGGGCGGGCUCCAGGCAGCACAUCGUGGUCUACAUCCAGGGCUUCGCGGCCCAGGAGGACUGCGGCACGAACGAGGACAAAAUCCUCUUCGAGGGGGUCUCCUCCCUGGCGGAGGACACCGCGGUUUACGCCUGCUGGGGAAGGGACACUCACGUGUUUGCCACCUUCGCUGAAGCCGUGCACGUCGUGCUGCUCAAGACCUACCUGCCCAGCUGCAGGGAYGCGCAAUUCCAGGGCACCUAUUACGUCUUCCACCACGAGGAAGCCGGGUUGUCCCCCGGGGAGCAUUUGCCCCCUGAAACUCCCGCUCCAAAACCAGAGCGAGCCCACGUUGUUGAGACCGGGCGGAAGGACAUCCCUGAGGAUUUGGGCCAGACGCGGGGGGUUUCACGCCCGCUUCCCRAAACUCCCCUGCUUGGAGCCUUGCAGGGAGAGGAGCCUUUCCUUGGUGUGCACCUGGAGAGCAGGCGGCCUUUCCUGCAGCCCGCGGAUCCGGGAGACCCGCGGCUGGAUAUUAGACCAACGCGCGCGGGAGGCCRGGAGCUGCCUCUGCCCGCCCGGGAUUCCUCUCCGGGCGGAGCGGAGGACGUGGGCGCUGCCGCGUCCCUGGGGCUCGGCACGGGCGGGCGGGAGCACACGGAAGGGUGUCCCCCGUGGAGCAGCGCGGCCGGUGGAGCGAGCAGCGCUCCUGCCGAGAGCCUGCUGCCCAGCCGGGCCCUCCCCAGGGAGCCGCUCCGCGAGGACCGCUCCUCUCUGCUGCCCGGGAGAGGCUUUGCAGAGCCCUCGCCUAGGACUGAACCCCUGCUGAGAACAAGUGUCCUCCAGCCCACAGCGCUCCUGGAUUUCCCCGCUCCAGGAAGUCCCGGGCAAGUUUCGAAGGUGGAAGAGCUGCUGCGCCCAACGGGAUCAUGGGCUGUCCCCAAAGGCCGACCUCAGCCGAGCACCCGGAGCAGCUGCACCCUCCAAGCAGCACCCGCAGACCCCAGGAGCACCGACCCACGCGGUGCUUACGUGCCCCACGUGUCGGCGGUGCCAGCGUGUCCCACGGCUGAUCCUGCACGUGCRGGGCUGGGCUCCGCUGGCCUCCCCCUGGCAGAAGAGCCUGUGGAGCAGGGAAUGUUGGAGCCUUCUGCUGUCUUCACCACGAACGCUGAGGGCUUCACGGGGCCACCAGCGCGGGAGCUCAGGGGACCUGCGGAGGGGAUGGAGCCCCCAUCAGCCCCACAGAGCGCGGCUGGACCGUGGAYCUCCGCCGCCUGUAGCGCCCAGCAAGGGGGAGACUUUGGGGGUGCCCUYGUGGGCCCCGGUGUGAGAAAGCUGGUGCUGGAUGAUGGAGACGGUGCCGAGAGCGGCUGGAGGGGUCAAGCACCAGCGCCCACCACCCAUGAUCUUCAGCAGCAGCUCCCUGACCUGCCGCUUGGCAGGGGGYUUCCUCCUCCACCAGAGGACCUGGAGGCCCCAUCGCUCCCACCAGUGCCCGUGUCUCUGCCCCCUAGCCCUGCGCCCCAAGGUCCAUGGAUGGCAGGAGRAGGACAGCAUCACAAACACGCUGAGCUGGGACCGCCCUGGGCAGUGGAAUAUCUUCCCGUCAGGAGCUGCCAUGUUGUCUUGCAGGGUGACUUUGGCUUGUUCUACCCUCCGCUGCACAGCGACGUUCAAACCAACGUGUGGUGCAACUGGACCAUCCGGGCUGGCCCCCAGAAGCACGUCCUGAUCUACAUCCAGGGCUUUCAGACGGAUGAAGGCUGUGACAGGAACCAGGAUAAGAUGGUUUUCCAAGGGGUCUCGUCCAGCGUGGAAACCAAAGUCGUGCACGCCUGCUACAACCGAGGCACCGUGGUCUUCGCUACGCAGGCCACCGCGGUCUAUGUGCUGCUCCUGUCGGGASCUGCUUCCCUAGGCAGCAAAUACCAACACUUUAAAGGGCGAUAUUAUAUAUUUAGAGACUAUGGAGCUGUGGGCUCUUCCCACGCAAUGCCAGCUCCUGCCCGGGAUAUCUCCAAGAUGGAUAUCUCCAGCGGGGUCAGCCAGCCUCAUGGGCUGGAGGAAGGUGCUCACGGGGGCGAGUUCAGUCUGCUGGAGGAUGGAAUGGAGCUGGAAAGGAGCCUUGGAGAUGGCAAAACGGAGGGGAGAGGAGGUGGUGAAGGGGUGUUGGUGGAGGCAGCUGCAGCCGGGGGAGACGCUGGGCGAAACAUCAAGUCGCCAGCUCCGGAUACCAUGGAAGGAGCUGCCCAGCUGGAGCCCAGGUGGGUCCCCACAGCCAUGGGGGGACCCACAACCCUGGAUGUCCCUCUGGAAGCACCCAAGAGCUCUGCAAGGCCCUCAGCUGCCAGAAUCCCACCUAACCUGACCCCCACACGGAGUGCCCUGUGGGUGGGAGGCGCGACUGUCACCAGGAGUUCUCCCACGCAGAUGGCAGCGAUGGAAGAGCCACCACUUCACACAAAUGUGAAAGCUUCUUCUYUCCACCCCUCUGUGGGCAUGACUGCUGGAGGUACAGCCACGACGGGAGACAGCCAGGAAGAUCUCCUUGAUCUGGCUUCUCUUCUGGCAUCCCUUGAGAAUGACACUGUGCUUCGAUCCCAGCACCAUCCUGGAGAUAUGCUCUUUGAAGUAACUGUUGAAAUCAAACACGUGGACUGGGUCCCUCGUGGUGGAAGAGAGCUCAAUAAGGAUCUUCUUGAAUCCAUGAAGAGUCAUAUCCAGAAGAACCUGAAACUCUCUGCCAACAGAGUCAAUGAAAUAAAGUUCAAGGAAAUCAGAAGGGCGGGCAGGGAGAACCUGCUGCUCACCUUCUGGCUCCACCUGAGGCCGGAGCAGAGGAACCUCUCCGUGGCGYUGCGGGCGCAGCUGCAGGAGCUGCUGGGCAAGCCCGGGGGAGCGGAGAGACCGCGGCUGCUUUCACUCGUGGUCGAAGAUGUGGACGAGUGCGGCCUGGGGCUCUGCGGGGAGGCCGCGGACUGCUUCAACGGCGUGGGCACCUACCUGUGUCGCUGCAAGGAGGACUACGAGGACCGAUCCCCUGCCAAGUCUGGCACGCUCUGCGUCCCCGCGCCCCGCUCAGGGCUCCUCCGUUUCCUCCAGCAGCCGGAGGUGCUGGCGGGAGCUGCCCUGUCCGUGGGGCUGCUGCUGGUGGUGGCCGUGCUGGCGCUGCGCAGGGUGAGGAGGCAGCGGCGCUCCGGCGGGAACCCCUUCCCRGAGGAGCGGGGCGCCCGGCCGGAGCCGGAGCGCGUGGUGCUGGAGCUGAGCCGCCUGGAGCGGUGCCUGCAGCUCGAGCCCUUGCAGCUCAAGGUGCGCGCGCGGCCGCCCGAGUGGAUCUCGCGGGCCCGCGCCGGCCCUGCCUGCGGCCGCCUCCUGCCGCAGGAGCAGCCUGUCCGAGGGAGCGCGGCGCUCGGAGCCGCGCGGCGUGACSGGGACACGGACGUGCCUGGUGCCUAA